AUGGCUGCUGAAAUUAAUAUGGUAAUUUUGGCAUGGGACAAAUACGUUUUAAAAAAAAGAAAUUACAAUACAACGAUGAUUAAGUGUACUUGUGAAAAAGCUGGGGAUAUUCCAAAUUAUGCUGGCCACAAUGUUACUAAGAUAUCGGAUUUUAAAAAAGCAUUAGAUGCACUAGAAUAUGAUAAUGUUUUUAAUAAGGAAGGUACAAUAAAAGAAAUAGGAAAUGUUAGAAUUGAAAGAACUGGUUUUGCCAUAGUAAAUCGUAGAAAAUGGAAAACCGUAGAAGGCCACGUGAUCGGCGUCAAAGGAAAUUCAACAAUUUCACAAGUUGUAUUUCCUAAUGAUUUAAAAGAUUCAUUUGGUGAUAUUUCUAGUCAAUUGAAUCUUGUCAAUUGUAUUGAUAAUGCUUUGUAUGAUUCAUAUAUAUCUGGAAAAGUCCACAAGGUUGUCCAUAUCUACUUUUUAAAUAUGUUAGUAUUUAAAGUUAAAUGUUAA